AUGUCGAACAAGUCUACCAGUGAUGUCUCCAUUACCAUCAGCUUGAUCAGUGGCAAGAGCAUGCGCAUUGAUGCAGCAGAAGGCGAAUCCAUAAGGCAGCUGAGCUGCCGUGCGCAACAGGCUCUGCAUGUUGGCAAGGGGCGGCUUCUCGACCAAUCCGGGGUCUUGCUGGAAGCAGCCGCCACGGUCCAGGAAUGCGGCCUGCAGAGCGGUGAUGCACUAACACUUCACCUGGGACAGGUUCGCGUUGCAAGUUCCCAUAGUAGUUUUGCGGCGAUUGUCAGCGACCGCUCCGUUGAGACCUGGGGUGACAUAGGAGGGGGUGGGGACAGCAGUGCGGUGCAAGCUGAGCUAAACAACGUCCAAGAGGUUCAAGCGACUGGGGCUGCUUUCGCUGCUAUUCUGGCCGAUGGUUCUGUCAUAACGUGGGGUGGUGCCAGCAGAGGUGGAGACAGCAGCCAGGUCCAAGAUCAGUUGCAGAACGUGCAGCAGAUUCAAGCCAACCAUUCAGCUUUUGCGGCCAUUCUCGCGGAUGGCUCCGUCGUGUCCUGGGGUUAUGACGAAUUCGGCGGAGACAGCAGCGAGGUGCAAGCUCAGCUGAAAAAUGUCCACAAGGUGCAUGCGACAUCAUGUGCUUUCGCUGCCAUUCUGGCCGACGGUUCUGUCGUGACUUGGGGUGAUUAUGAGUCCGGUGGAGACAGCAGCGCAGUCCAAGAUCAGCUGAAGAAUGUCCAGCAGGUCCAAGCCACAAGUUCUGCUUUUGCGGCCAUUCUGGCGAAUGGUUCUGUCGUGACUUGGGGUGAUGACGACAAUGGUGCAGACAGCACGCAGGUGCGACACCAAUUGCAGACUGUGCAAAACAUCCAAGCAACGUCAGCGGCUUUUGCUGCGAUUCUGGCGGAUGGACUCGUCGUGACAUGGGGCGAAGCGAGUGGAGGUGGAGACAGUAGUCGGGUUCAAGAUCAGCUGCACAAUGUGCAACGGAUUCAAGCAACUGGAGAGGCCUUUGCUGCGAUUCUAGCCGAUGGCUCUGUCGUGAGCUGGGGUGACUACUAUCACGGUGGAGACAGCAGCGAAGUUCAGGACCAGUUGAGGAAUGUGCAGCAAGUCCAGGCCACGGAUUCUGCCUUUGUGGCCAUUCGGACCGAUGGCUCUGUUGUUAGCUGGGGUUAUACUGACGAUGACAAAGACAUCUCUGAGGUAGAAGCUCAGCUGAAAAAUGUCCAACAGAUCCAAACAACGCAAGGUGCUUUCGCUGCCAUUCUGCCCGGCGGUUCUGUCGUGACUUGGGGCGACAGCAACUGCGGUGGAGACAGCAGCACAGUCCAAGAUCAGCUGAAGAACGUGCAGCAGAUCCAAGCCACAAAUUCUGCUUUUGCAGCCAUUUCAGCGGAUGGCUCGGUUGUGAUCUGGGGUGAUGGCAGAUGCAGAGGAGGAGACAGCAACAGCUCCUCUGAGGUUCAGACCGAUAGCUCUGUUUCUUCAGCUGCAUCCCCUGCAGGAUGUGGAGAGGGCAGAUGUGUGCAAGAUCAUCUGAGAUGUCCCGGCGCGGCUAGUGAUAGUGACUAG